AUGAUAAGAAACAUCAGUGUUCGAAGAAAGUCACAGUGUAUGACGCAGUGCUUCCUUGAACCCAACUGUGUGUCCUACAACUAUGGUCCAUUAUACAAUGAUGUACCAACAUGUGAGCUCAGCAAUCGCACCCACCUACAAGUCUCCAGCAGCGACUUUAUACAAAAGGAAGAGUACAUCUACCAACACAUUUUGGUAAGAAACAAAAACUAAUCACAAUUAUAGAACUUUGGGAUCGGGAGUCCAAAACCAAAAGUCAAAGGAAUCUUAGCGGUAUACCAGCCUUAAAGGCAAGAAGUCAUAAUUGGUGGUUCGCAUUUAAUUGAUUUUUAAUAUUUCAAGUGUUAAAGCCAUUUCAACAAUUUCUAUACAUUCCAUUAUUUUUUAAUUUUUUUUUUUUUGAGUUUGAAUUAGUUUUUUUUUUUUAAUGUUUCUACAAGUACCUUCAAAUACCUUCCUCAACCUACAUGUAUAUCUCUUUAAUGACAGAGCAUGCGCACCGGUUGUUGAUGAUAAAAACUGUGCAAUAAUCACGAACCAUCUUUUGAAGUGAAAACCUUAACUUUAUGUAUUAUGAUUAAAUAAAUUAGCCUCUUUUCAAUGUUUUACUAAGCCUUUGAUUACCUUCAUAGAAUCCCUGUGAAAGCAGCCCGUGUCCAAGCAACACAUUAUGUCAAGCUGGGUUUACUAAUAAAGGAUAUCGAAGUAUUUGCCCUAAAGGAUUGGAAGGAGGAGCAACUUGUUAUCAAGGUAUAUCUUGGGGCGAAUUUAAAUUAGAUUUAAUACUCUAUCUUUAUGGUUUCUCAGAGGCAUUAAUAUUACAUCAAGAGUUAGAGGUUUAGUUCGUAAGACCAUUCAUAAAAUUAAUUAGAUGCUGAUAUCUAAACAAUCAAAAUCGUGAUAGUAAAAGAAAAAAAGAAAGAAAACUGAUACUACUAAUACUCGAUAGUGCUAAAUAAUUAACAAUUGGUUCAUACGUCAGCGUGCAUUCAUCGAGAUAUAAAGCACGCGGGAAGUUUGGAGAGCACAAAAGAUGCCUAAGAGUUAUAUGAGUGAUUUCAAAAUCGAACAAGCGCGCAGCGCGACUUCCAUUUGUAAUCACAAGUAUGAUUUCAGACCAAAAUUGCACGACACGGGGUUCAAUAACCAUUUUAUUACAUCCAUUCCGAAAUCACCCAAAUGCAGGAAUUUUGGUCAGUUCAAUUAUUUUUAUUGAUGUAGUACUGAGCCGGUUUGAAAUUAAAUUCAUCCAUUUGGGAGGGGGGGGAAUAAGAGUUUUGGAAACAAGAGUUUUUUUUAAACUAAUUGACAAUGAUAUCCUAAAUUUAACUAUUAUUUUCUCUUUCCAUAAGAUGUUGACGAGUCCACGAUGGCUUCCCACGACUGUUCUUCUAACGCCAAUUGUUCAAAUUCUGUGGGAUAAUUCCAUUGCAAUUGUCAAUCUGGAUAUACUGGGGAUGGUAGAGCAUGUCAAGGUAAGUGCAAACUGGUUCUUCCGCUCAGGCAAAUGGACUGAUACCCAAGUCAAAUGCACAAUGCCAUUAGCACACAUUUUGAAAAAUGUUGAAACAAACCGAUUAAUCAUGACCUUGGAAGAGACAACGAGAGAGACAGACAGAUCCACAGAUAUAUGUAUGUUAAUAGGAACUGGAAGAAUAAAAGCCAGACAGGGAGACAGGAAGAAAAUAGGACUCAAAGGAACAUAACGUCUCAUUUUGAGAUUUAUUUUCAUAUCUGUUUUUGAUUUAUCUUCAAUUGAAUUUUUUCGAUUUUUGCAAGAUGUUGACGAAUGCAUUAUGGCUUCUCACGACUAUUCUCCUGACGCUGAUUGUUCAAAUUCUGUGGGAUCAUUCCAGUGCGCGUGUAGAACAGGAUAUACUGGUGAUGGCAAAACAUGUCAAGGUAAGUGCAGUCUAGUUCAUGCAGCUUACAAAUGGAGCGAUAGCCGAGUGGAGCAAACACAGUGAGUCAAAAAACAGAACGGUUGAAAAAUAGAUGGACGGACUGACUUAUCGUGGAAUUGGCAGAGAGACAGAUGAACGUGUGCAAAAACGAACAAACGUCUGGACGACCAAGUGGACCGUAGCCUAUUCAAAGAUAUCACAAGUACACCAGUUGAAAAAUAUCGGAUCAAACUGAUUGAUGGUCCUAUUAACAACGAGACAGACAGAUGGGCAGAAAGACAGUCAGGAGGGCUGAAGUUAGCCACCGAAAGAGCAGAAAUCAUAUUCUAAGUGUUGUUUACUUACUUUGAUUGAUUUACUUUAAACUGAAUUACUUUUUCGAUCCCCGAUUGUUCGAAUGACGUGGGGUCAUUUCAGUGCAGACCAGGAUAUACUGGUAAUGGUAAAAAUGUCAAACUAACAGUAACAUAAGCAGACCGGUUGAAAAAUAUUCAGACUGACUAAUUUAUGAUGAAAUUGACACAAGGCUGACAGAAUGGGCUGAAAGAAUCCACAAAAGAGAAGCCAAAUCAGAUUGUAAAAGUUUUUCUUGUAUCUUUAAUUGACUUAAUUUUCAAUUGGAUGUUUUUUUUUCAAUCUCCACAAGAUAAUGACGAAUGCACGAUGAACACUCACGAUUGUUCUUCUAACGCCGAUUGUUCAAAUGUUAUGGGAUCGUUUCAGUGCGCCUGCAAAUCUGGAUAUACUGGUGAUGGUAAAGCAUGUCAAGGUAAUAGAAAUACAGUUUAAUUCUUCCACCCCAGUCAUGGGCCGUUAGCCAAAUCCAAUAUGCAAUAAGACAAGCCGAUCAGUUGAUGAAGUAAUGUUCAGACAGAUGGCAUGACAGUGAGAAAGAGAAGAAGCGAAUGUAAUUUAAAAUUAACAAAAGAGAAACUGACAGAAGAAUGGUCUAGUAGGCGAAAAAAGGGCCGCGAGAACCCUUCAAACGGGCAAACAAUCUGAUGAUAUGAAUGAAUGUUUAAUCAUUUCUUUUACAUUUGGACGAAUGUGCAACAGCUAA